UGACUUUUUAAUAUUUAAAAUAUGAUAUGGCAACACAACUACUGUUACUUUUGUGAUGUCGUCUUCGAGUAUCGAGUGUCGUCGUCUUUUAUAAAGUUUUAUCAAGAUAUAUAUCCUGCUAAGUUGGUGGACGUGAUAAACUUUAACGUAGCAUAUGUAUUUAAAAGUGACUUAUUGUGAAAUUUGUUUAGUGUUGGACUUUAUUAAAUACUUGUGAUAAGUUUCUAAUUUUAGUCACCCCUAGUGGGCAUAUUUGGCAAAAAUGAUGACCGAAAAUAGAAUUAGUUCAAGUAAUCACGUCGGAAACAUGAGCAGUCAAAAAGGAGAUGUUGAUAAAACUGUAGACGACAUUGGGUGGAAAGCGAAAUUAAAACUACCCCCCAAAGACAGAAGAAUCAAAACCAGUGAUGUCACUGACACAAGAGGUAAUGAGUUUGAAGAAUUUUGUCUAAAAAGAGAAAUAUUGAUGGGAAUAUUCGAAAAAGGAUGGGAAAAGCCAUCCCCUAUUCAGGAAGCAUCUAUUCCCAUUGCGCUUAGUGGUAAAGACGUACUAGCAAGAGCCAAGAAUGGAACUGGCAAGACAGGCGCUUACUGUAUUCCAGUCUUAGAACAGGUUGAUGCUAAAAAAGAUGCUAUACAAGCUUUAAUCGUGGUGCCGACCAGAGAGUUGGCAUUACAAACAUCACAAAUCUGCAUUGAGCUUGCCAAGCACACAGACAUUCGUGUUAUGGUAACUACAGGAGGCACAAAUUUGCGAGAUGAUAUAAUGCGCAUUUACCAAAAUGUUCAAGUUAUAAUUGCCACACCAGGGCGUAUAAUUGAUCUCAUGGAUAAACAAGUAGCAAAGAUGGACCAGUGCCGGAUGCUGGUACUUGAUGAAGCAGACAAACUUCUUUCUCAGGACUUUAAGGGCAUGCUGGACACAGUUAUAUCGCGACUACCAAAAGAGCGUCAGAUUCUUCUAUUUUCCGCGACCUUCCCAUUGAGUGUCAAACAGUUUAUGGAGAAACACUUAAGAGAGCCAUAUGAGAUAAAUCUCAUGGAAGAGCUUACACUGAAGGGUGUUACGCAGUACUACGCAUUUGUGCAAGAGAGACAGAAAGUGCAUUGUUUAAAUACACUCUUUUCAAAAUUGCAAAUCAAUCAGUCGAUAAUAUUCUGCAACUCGACCCAGCGUGUGGAGCUGCUGGCCAAGAAGAUCACUGAGCUGGGCUACUGCUGCUACUACAUCCACGCGCGCAUGGCGCAGGCGCACCGCAACCGCGUGUUCCACGACUUCCGCGCCGGCCUGUGCCGCAACCUCGUGUGCUCCGACCUGUUCACGCGCGGCAUCGACGUGCAGGCCGUCAACGUGGUGAUCAACUUCGACUUCCCGCGCAUGGCGGAGACCUACCUGCACCGCAUCGGGCGCUCGGGCCGCUUCGGCCACCUGGGGAUCGCCAUCAACCUCAUCACGUACGAGGACCGCUUCGCGCUGCACCGCAUCGAGCAGGAGCUGGGCACGGAGAUCAAGCCCAUCCCCAAGGUCAUCGACCCCGCGCUCUACGUGGCGCGCGUGGCCGACGACGACGCCGACAAGUAACCGACGGAGCCCCCGAGAUGACACAAAAACAAAAACUUAUUUGUAAAAAGUGUAAUGAAUUUAUUGUAACGAAAUGUGCGUGUAUAUAGUUUAUCGUGAUAUAAGACUUGAACCUGAAAAGGGUUAAUUUUUUAAAGUGUAUAUAAUAAACAUCGGGACUUACGAAAGGGACCUUGCGUUCUUUGUCCAUAUUGGAUUCUGUGCGUGGUCUCCUAAGAUUGUUAAAAAGUAAAAUAUUUAUCUGAGUAUCCUACUUGUGAGAGUCUAUCUAAAUUUGUCAGUGAUCCUAACAUAAAUUGUGGUAGACUUUUGACAUGUGCAACUUGCGAACCCUACCCAUACAAUUACUAUCACUUGAGCUAGCACUGGUUUAUUUUUACACAAAACUUAACAUUAACACAAGUCCGUAUAUGGGUAGGAAAAAGUCUAGCUCAAGUUUAACAUAUUGGAAAAACUUUACAAAUCAGCAUAAACGGUGUUGUUUCUGGCCGCUUGAAACAAUGUUGAUAUAAUAACAAGCCUUCCAUUAUUGAGAUCAGGUUAAGCAAUGGCUUACAUGGCAACUGAAAUUGUUUGAAAUAAGAGGGUCUUAUCAAAAUGAAAUAAAAAUAUGCAAUAGUGUGACCUCUUUCUAUAUUUCUCAAGCAGAGCCAAUGUGUUAACCUGGUAAUACAAUUACUGAGAUCAGGUUAAAACAAUGAAAUUGCAACAAGUGUGUGGGUCUUAUCAAAA